AUGAAGCUGAACUCUGCUGUCGCUGCAGCGCUCCUUGCGCCUGGCAAUGUCGUCGCAUUGUUGAGGUUCCCAUGUGCCCAGCUCGUUAUUGAUCGCAUUGACCCUCUGGUCAACCCCGGACAGGCUCCUUCUCCCCAUCUGCACCAGAUCGUCGGUGGUAACUCAUUGAACGUCACGAUGGACCCAGCCAAGGACAUGCCAGGAGAGUCAACGUGCACAUCAUGCCAGUUCAGCGAGGACUUCUCAAACUACUGGACCGCGACUCUUUACUUCAAGGCAAAGAACGGCACCUACAAGCGUGUUCCCCAGCUUCCCAACUCGGGCUUCAAUGGUGUGAACGGAGGAAUGACAGUCUACUAUAUGCAGGACGGCCUUUACAACUUCCAGCAGACAUCUAAGGUUACCGCCUUCAAGCCCGGGUUCCGCAUGUACAUUGGCGAUGUCAACGCCCGGACAAAGGAGCAGGCCGAGAGAUACCGACAGCUCACAUUCACCUGCCUGCAGACCAUCAACACGCGCGACCCUCAGACGCUCGACUUCCCCGACAAGCCUUGCCCUGCUGGCAUCAUGACCGCCGUGCGCUUCCCUACGUGCUGGGAUGGCAAGAAUCUGGAUUCGCCCAACCACAUGGACCACAUGGCGUACCCGGAGUUCGGCACCUUUGAGUCUGGAGGUCCCUGCCCUGCCUCGCACCCCGUUCGCGUUCCUCAACUCUUCUAUGAAGUCAUAUGGGACACGCGCCAGUUCAACAACCCAGCCGACUGGCCCGAUGAUGGCUCCCAGCCGUUCGUGUGGAGCUUUGGUGACGGCACCGGAUAUGCCAACCACGGUGACUAUCUUUUUGGCUGGCAAGGCGACGCGCUCCAGCGUGCCAUGGACUCUCCUUGCUACCAGAACUGCCCCACUCUUAAGUCGCAGAAUGCGGCCGCAAUGAACAAGUGCACUAUCAAGCCCAAGGUUAACGAGGACAUUGACUCAUGGGUCAAGACCCUUCCGGGCGGUCACGUCGCCAACUAUGUUAAGAAGCGGUGGGAGUAA